UCAAGGAAACGUGCACAGAUUAAUUAUUGUCAAAUAAAAUUAUUUUUUCAAAAUCUAGAGAAUGAAUUAAAUGGAGUAACGCCAGAUAACAUUUACAAUAUGGAAAAAACAGGAUUUCAUGAUGACCCUGGAAAAAAAAAACUUAUUUUUCAUCGAUCCUCUCGCCAUCCAGAACUUAUAAGAAACGCAACAAAAGCUUGUUACACUGUUGUUUUUUGUGGAAAUGCCUCAGGAAAACUAAUUCCACCAUUUUUCAUUUUUAAAGGAAAACACAGUUGGUCUGACUGGCUUUUCAAUGCACCAGAAGGAUCAAGAAUGGCAACUUCUUGCAGUGAUAUAACAUUUAUAUGUUUGGUACCCAAUUCCACACACCUUUUACAACCUUUAGAUGUUGGAUAUUUCUCGAGUUUAAAAGCUAAUUGGAGGUCAGUUCUUAAUCAAUGGCGUAAAACAUCCAGAGGAAAAAAGAUUAAUAACCUGCCAAAAAAUUUGUUUACGCAGCUCAUUAAAUCUACUCUUAAUGUUGGUAAAGAAAAUCUAGAACAUAAUCUCCAAGCAGGAUUUAAGGCUACUGGCAUAUAUCCAUUUGUACCAGAACAUGUUCUCUCCAAAUUACCCAGUUUUACAAAUAUAGAUAUUCAACUCAAUAUCGGAGAAUCGUUUAGGAAUUAUGUUGAUGAUAUUCAUCUUAAUUAUGAAGUAAGCAAAAAAUUUAAGUUACCAAUAACAGCAGGGGGAAAAGUGUAUCAGCCACUGAGGUAGAAGCAUCCUAUAAGGAAAGAGACAAUAAAAAAAAAAGUCAAGAUAAUAUUCGAGCAAAGAAAAGAGGAAGACCACUUGGAUCAAAUAAUAUGGUUAUGAAAAUAAACAAAAAACUUAAUAUUUUACAAAGAUCAAGCAUCGUAAAUGUUAAUCAAGUUAUUGAAGACAAUGAACAAGUUUUACCUGUAUCUCAAAAUGAUGCAGUUUUUUCAUUGGAGCAAAUAAAAAUCACUAUGUACAUGUUUUCCUUGAUCAUGAUUAUUUUGUAAAAGAGUUAGUUGUAACUCAAGACUAAAAUAAUGAAACACUAUAAUAUUUAGUUUUAUAGUCAAUGGUGUUUAUUUGUGGAGAAUUAUAUAAAAAUAAUGUCUUAAUUAUUUUUUCUUUUAUAACCUUAAAAAUUAUU